CAAAGAGUCUGCUUGUUGGUGACCUGAGCGAGAAAGGCGUGCAGCUGAUUAUCACAGCCGGGUUCCCGAGGGCUACAAGGCAGCUUAAAGCUCUGCCAUAACAGCGGUUCAGACAACAGCGGACGUCAGAAGUGGAAAAACUGGAAAUGAAGCUUCCAUCUGCUGGCUUUAGGUGAACAUGGCUGAAUCCCAGAGAGUGACAGCGCAGGGCAGGAAGAGGUGGAGUUUGCCACAGAGAAGAGAGACUGAUCAAAGCAAAGCGAGUUCGUGCUGCCCUGACCAAGAAGAUCCAGGAAGAAAACUGACGGUUCCUUUCCGAGGUCAGAUCUCUGGUGGGUUACAUCCAGGGAAGAAGAUUGUUAUUGUGGGCAUCGUGGAUCCUCACCCUGAUCGGUUUUACAUAGCUCUGACAUGUGGCCGUGGGACAUCCAGAGAGCCUCCACCCAACGUUGCGCUGGAGCUGUGUGUUCGAUUCAAGGACCAACAAGUUCUCCGAAAAGCUUGCAUCUCUGGGUCCUGGGGAGAGGUGGAGAAAGCUGUUCCUUUCUUUCCAUUCAUCAAGGACCAGCCGUGUAAGAUUGAGCUUCAUUGUGAAAACGGACGGUUUCGCGGGAUUGUUGACGGCCAUCGGCUCUUUGAUUUUGAGCACAGACUGAAGCCGCUCAGCAACAUCGACACUUUAUGGAUUAAGGGCAACAUAACUCUCACCAAGCUGGCUUGAGGAGGAAGCUGCUCCCAGAUUCACCUGUAAAAACGGAAAAAUCCUGUUUUAUUUCCCAACAUGCACUUGUUGGCAGAGACUCUUGAUGAUCACAGAUGUAAUCAGAUGGACGCUUGUUUUCUGUUUCCCAACUAAAAGUUGGCUUUAUUUUGUUACUUUGCUAUUUUGAGAAGCCAAAUCUGUCCUUUAAAUUUGUUAUGUUUUUGUUCUCAAUCCUCAAAAAUAUGAUUGUAUUAUGAGAUAGAAAUAUUAUUAUAAUAUAUUAUUAAUAUAUAAAUAUAUUAUAAUAAAUUAUAAUUUAAAUAUUGAAACAAAUAUUGUUAUACUUUGAAAAACAAAUUCCUUUUAUGUGUUUUAUUAUUGGAAUUUUGUACAUUUAUUUAGGCUUGAAAAUGUUUUGUAAAUAUUUUGAAAUUGAGAGGUUUUAGGCUUUUAUGAUUUCAAAUAGACAUUUUAAUGACAAAAACUACCUCACAUCCUGCUGUAAUGUUGCCUGUCAUUACUUAAGAUGUGUAAUUUAAUUAAUAUGAACAAAUAAAAAGCACUUUUUUGUACGA